AUGACUGAUAGUGAGAUCGAUAUGCGCAGUGAAGCUGUCAGCAAACAACAACAGCAACAAAAAGCAUCUACUUCUCAACCGCAGUUAUCCUCUGUUACAAGCACGACCAUUCAGUGUGAUGAAUGCAAUGAAGUAUCACCAGUUGAAGUUGAAACCCGACAAGGAGGAAAUCUUUCGAAACGGACUUCCGGCGAUCGAUCUCGGAGAGUAAUUGACGCAAAGGAAGAUGAACAGGUUCUAAGUGGGAAAUUCGAUUUUGGUGAUCGAGAUAGAAGACCAGUAUAUAAUAUCGUUUUGCCACCCUUGAAAGAGGAUGAAGGGAAAGAAUGGACAAUUGAUGAGCUCAAAACCUUGCAUAGCUGUAUAAAUUCCUAUGGUAUAAAUGAUAAUUGCUUGUUCCAUGCAACAAAAAAUAUCUCAAAUCGUUCAAUGCUUGAUAUACGUGAAAAAAUUUCUGGAAUUCGUGAGUUGACUCGACUAAGGCAUGAGAUGCGAGUUGAAGCACGAAAAACGGAAUGGUUGAAGGGAGUUAUAUUACCUUCUAAAACCAGUGAGAUCCAAGAUUGGUCAAGCGCUGUCUACGUUAUUCAGAAUCGAAAACGCCGAAUUAAUGAUUACACUGAUUCGGCAUUGCUAGAUUAUUUGGCACAUGAAGUGAAAUGUCGACCAGCAUCUGUGGAUACUAGAAAAUAUUUCAGGGUCACCGAUUCGUCAUAUGCUCGUGGUGCUAAUAGAAGACAAGUUGUUGAUUGUGCCGAUUAUUACCGUUUCCUGCAGACAUGUCUUUCAGGAAUGGCAGCAUCGGGUAGCAAUUGCAAACCGUUUGACUCCGCCAUAAUUUUGAAUAUCUUGGAAGAAAUCCAAAAAGAAGUUGAUGAUCCAAAGUAUGAGAAAAGGCGUCGAUUAUUGGCAGGGAUGUUUCGAGACAUACAGAGCGGUGAUUUGUCUGAUUACGAUUUUCGAGACAUAGUUGGUAGUGAUGACAUCUUGUGUGUGCAAUUGAAUCCAUUAACUCUAAUGCGUGAAAUGUUGGAAAUAAGUGAUGAGAAAUGCUGA